ACCUGUUGGUUCCAGAUUACGCGACACAAUUUCUUUUGUGAGUUUUGCGUUUUAUAGGCGUGCGUAGUAAAGUUUAGAAAGUUGGACGCUUGUGGUGUUCGUGUUCGGUCUUCAUAUGGGGCUUUGUGACUGCUCUGAUCUCACUUCACAGGAGGUCCCAUUUCAAGCAGGAUGACUUCUAGGAGGAAGAUUGAAGCAUGUCGUAUAUGUGGAGGCGACCUGCAGGGGAAUCAACGCCGCUGGCUUUUUUCAGCUCAAAAUAAGAAAGGGGCCCAGAAUCAGAGUUCAUCUGUCCUGCUGUCACCAACCUGGUCUGCCCAGAGCAGUCCAUGGGGCAGUACAUUGUCUCUUGGAUCCUCAAGUUCACCAUACAAGUCUUAUACCCUUCCCACCCCCAAUAAAGGACUGGACUUGCUUGCUGUGCUGACACACAUAUUGGGGCAGUCUGUAACACGGGAAAAUGGAAAAGGGGAAUUUAUAUGUGGCAAAUGUGUGUCUGUGCUUGAGCGAGUGUUUAAGUUUGACACAGUCAUCGCCAGAGUUCGGGUUUUAUCCAGGGAGAGGCUUCAGAAACUGACCAAGGAAAGAGAUUGCUUGAGACGGUGGGUAUGGAAUAUUUAUAGACAACACCAUCCGUUUGUCCUUAAGAGCAGAGGAAGCUCCAGUGAAGAUGAGGUCGAGCUGGGAGAAAAGGACUCUGGGAAAGCGUACCGAGAGAUGCUGAGUGACAACAUGGCUCUCGCUGCGUAUGAAUGCUGGUCUGAGAAAACUGAGUCAUGUCCAUAUUUUAAGAGAACCGGUAAAAGAUGCGGCAAAUUGAAAAACUGCGAGUGUUGUGACUCCUUAAGGGUUUCCGAUGCCAAUUACGAAUUUAUUUGUGGAGUUCCUCGCAACUUACCUGAGCAAGCCCUGUCCCCAAUCGGCAUGCCUCUUAACUGGCCCCGAAGUCCAUCGAUGCGCUCCAGUCCUGCCUCCUUAGCUGGUUCCUGCCAUUCACUAAAAGCACGAUCUCGUACAGCUUCAGCACCUUCGCUCGACUCUGUAGAUGGUUAUGAUCCAUUUGACUGGCCAGAUGAGCAUUUUGUCAUCUUGGACUCCAUCCUUGAUAAGCUGAAAAGUAUAGAGGGAAAGCCAGUCAGGUCUCCAGCAGGAAGUCGCAUACCAAUUUUAGCAAAAGGACAAAAUAGCUGUGGUGCAGAUGGAUUGCCUUCGAUCGGGGUCACACGGGUGCUGAAUUUUGUACAGCGAGAUGAACGAGAUAAGGAAGAUGUGAAUGGAGAGAGUGACGAUGUACUGACUGAAUUGAGGGAUGAUUUUAUGCCACUGCAUAAAGAGGUAACCACAAACAAAGUGCACUUUGUAGUCAAGCAGUUACGAGAGCAGCUGGAUGAAGCACAAGCUCGAAUCAGGACGUUGGAAGCGGGGCUUCAGAACAGCAACCUUUCAGUUCCCAGUAAGACCAGUCAGUCAAAGCAGUCACUACCAGAGUAUCCUAAGAGCAGCUCGGAGGACGAAAAUGGACUGAUCCGGAAUCUUAGCCAUUCACUGCAAAGCAAAGACAGAGUUAUUCAGGAAUGCGUGGCUUUGAUCCGAAAGCUGUGUUUGGACCUUGGCUCAGGGUUAGAGGAAGCUGAUAAACUCAUCAGCUAUGUAACAGUAAAACUGACCAGUUCACACUCAGAUCAAGAGGGGGUCCUAGAAGCUGAGCUGACCGAACUGAAGGAGCGAGAAAGAAGCCUGCAGAAAGAGCUGGAGGUGUUGCAGGAGGCAAACAGCAGUCAGGAGAGAGAUCUCCUCACUCUAAACAGUGUUCUCCAGACUAACCAGGAUGUCAUAAAUCAUUUGCGAGUAGAACUGACAGAAAAGACUCAAACACUGCAGGACUUGCAGAAAGAGAGGGGGUUAUGGAAAAAGCGGGACUCAGCCCUGGAAAAAGUGUUGCAGGAAAAAGAAGCUCUCAUCACUCGUCUGCAGCAAACAAUAGAGAGCUCUCAUAAAGAUGUUCAGACACUUUCAGAUUCUCUGAUUAGUCGGGGAUUGCAAGGAGGUGGAGCUGAGGGUGCUUUGGCCCAACAGGUGCUAGAGCAGGAGUCCCUGCUUUCAGGCUGCCUCAAAGAUUGGGAAUCAAACACUGCCACCACAAGGCAGGAAGUGUCAAAACUCUGCACAGCUUUAGAAGAAGCUGGGGCUGUAAUACAGGACCAAAGGCAAACACACGAACAAGCCAUCACAGAACUAUCAGAACAGCUGAAAGACUCUCGCAGGGAGCUGAGGGAGAUUAUUAAAGACACCAAACAGGCAGAACAAGCCUGGAGGUCUGAAAGGGUGAAAAGAGAUUUUGAAGAAGGUCGACUGGUCGACUGUUUGCGGAAAAGAGAUAAACUCAUUGAGCAAGUUCUCUUGGAUGCUGAGAAACGUGAUGGCAUGCUUAUAGAACUGCAUCAGGACAUCUUAAGUAAGGUUGAACCAAGGGUCGGUCUCAAACACACGCUAUGAUUGUGUGAAGUCUGUUUUGUGUGUGUGUGUGUGUGUGUGUGUGUGUGUGUGUGUGUGUGUGUGUGUGUGUGUGUGUGUGUGUGUGAGAGAGAGAGAGAGAGAGGAGGGGGUAAAAUAUAUACGCUGGUAUAUGUCUGUAUGAAUGGUGGUUAUAUACUGGGUUAUGACGGCCAUAUCUAUAUGUACUAAUACUGCCUCAGAUUGAUAGCCUCAAUUGCCAAAAUACCUUAUCUUCAUUUCUGCUUUUUAUGGGUUGAAUGUUUUUCUAAGGUAAGCCUUGCAUGUAAUUGUUUUCUAUUGUUUGUUCUCUGCUGCUAGUUCAGCCUAUUAUAACAUACUGACUUUGUGCAGCCUAAGUCACGUGAUAGUUUCAAUUUAUUUUCUUUCCAAAGCACAAUGUUUUAUAAGAAAUCAUCCUUUUUUCUUUUCCUUUUUUUUUAUCACCUACCAGACCAAAGGGUGCCUGCAAUGUAAUUCUGCUUUUAUUUCUGGGAUUUCUGCAAUUGAUAUUUUUUUAUUUUGUAAUGUACUACUACUGGGUUUUUUUGGUUAAACUUUAUUUUAAUUUUUUAAAGACAUCUUUGCGUAUUUCUUUAUUUAUAAGGGGCGGCUACCAAGUGAAAUUUGGUAAUCCCUUUUGUUGUCUACUGUCUUCUUUCCAUGUAGGCCCAAAAGCCUGUAUUCUGAAAUGUAAUGUACGGUUGAUGUUAUAUUUAUGUGCCUGGUUGUUCUUUAUUGAGAACAGUAACAAUAAACACGGUCACACUAUUACUAAAAUGA